AGAUAUAGGGUCCGAUUGGUAAUGGCUGUAGCUUUAAAUAUUUUGCUGUAGAAAAAAAUCUGUAGACUUUUUGCUGUGGCUUUAGAUUUUAUUGCUGUAGAAUUUUAUUGAAGCAAUAAAAAAUUGCUUUGGAUAUUUGGCUCUGCAGAGCACUUGUACAGCUGUAGGAUAUUUUAAGAGCUGUGGUUUCAAAAAAAAAUUUAAAGCUUGAUUGCUCUGAAUUUGGUGCUGUGGAAAUAAAUAGGACUGUGGACAGCACCUACAGCAACUACCAAUCACCCCCAUAAAACUAUAGAAAUAAUGCAAUAUAUGCUAUUUAUUCAUAUAAAGAUUCCGGUUAGUUGAUGUUGUUAUGUUUAUAAUUUAUAUGAAAAAUAUAUUAACUUAUUUUAAUUAUAAGAGUACUAAAAUAAACUUUAACCAUUGCUAAAGAAUUUAAGAAAUGGAUUAGCUUAUUUUCAUUAGAAACAUAACUAUCUUUGUUUAGAAUUUUAAUUAACAAAUUAUAUAUCAAUAUAUUUUGUUUGACAUAAAAUAUUUUUUUACAAAAAAAAACGAAAAUAUUUUAAACCUACAUAUUACUGAUUAAACUACAUCAUAUAAUUUUAAAUAAUUGUUCUAUUAUAAAUAAAUUAUCUUAAAAUUAUUAUUUUGAAUUAUCAGAUCCUUAAGUAGAUUUUUGUAGUUUUUCAGAUAACUUUACAGUUUUGGAUUAAAUAUUUCUUUCACACGAAGAAAUGCAGAAUAUAUUUUGCAACCAAAACAAAUUUGUUCUUUUAUUUAUAAAUUAAAAUAAAUAUAAUUCUUUAAAAAUAUAUAUUUUUUUAUAAAUAUAUAUUUUUAAAAAAUAUAUUUUUAUAAAUAUCAUAAAACUAAAAAAUAUAUUUAAACAUUAUUUCUGAUAUAAAUUUAAAUACUUAUAUAUAUUCUGCAUUAUAGAUUUUGUGAAUGAAAAGAAUGUAAUUCACUAUUCCAUUAAUAAUUUCAGUUUUUAUUUCAUUCAUCAUUUCAUUUUUCUAUUCCACAAAUAGUUAUACUUUUUAUUCAGAAUAUUCCUUUUUAAAAUAAGCAGUUACAACCUAACCUUAUGUUGGGAAUUUUUUUUUGGACACAUUCAUGGAUUCUAUUUAGUUACUUAGGCACGUAUAUCUUCAUAGUCAAUUUUUUAUACUUUAUAGAAGUCGUAGACGGCAUGAGAUAAUUACUAGUAAUCUAGUAUCCAUACUUUUAAGGGCUAGGUUGUCACUGAUAAACUCAAUAGGUUGAAAGUAAAAACGAAAAACAAUUAACAAAACCUUCCACUCACAGCGAUCGAUUUUGGAGUAAACAAAGUGAAUUUGGAGUGAUGUUUUUUAUUUUGUACAUAUCAUCAUGAUUGCCAUUGAAACAACCGUAAUGAGGUCUUUUCAACCCAAGAAAGUUUGGAUGAGACAAAGGUAAGUUCGGAAAAAGUUAAAGUAACAACUGGAUUAAUUAUGCGAUAUUAAUGGUCAUACGCACUAUUAUUUCGAAGAAAGAUAUUAGAGAGAGAAUUCCACAUUGGAAAUAUGCAAUAGAUUUGAAUAAUAUAUAAGAGACUUGGACCACUCCACUUACCGUCAAUUAGUUUUAAGUUGGAAGCCUUAAAAAUUUUAUCAUGGUAUCAGAGUGGACCUAACAUCCUGGCUCAUUAAUUCGGCUAGACAGUGGUCCGAUCAUCCUAUUAACUGAUGACCCAUAGAAAGUUCAGUUCCUUCGAAAUUGCUAGAAAAUAAAACAUUGUCUUGGAAGAGGCAUGAUGGAUUCUGCGAGAUUAAUGGUUAUACAUAUUAUUAUAUCGAGAGAAGAUAUUGGAAAUAUGUAAGAGACUUGAAUAAUACAUAAAAGAUUAGGACUAUUCUAAUUACCGCCAAUUAGUUUUAAAUUGAAAAUUCCAGAAAACUUAUCACAAUUCCUUAACUCGUUGAAGUUAUAACAUAUAGAAAAUGAAAAAGAAAAUUAUAUCAUAUGCUGAAUACUUGUAGCCACCUACAUGAAUCAAAGAAAGCGACCAAAAGAUCGGCAAACUUAUGAAAGGGUAACUUCUAGACAAAAGGUUAAACCAUAUUUUCAUGUAGUCAUAUAUUUCAAUCAAACCUGGUCCCGUAUUCUCCUCUACAUCACCUCUCACAUUCUAUUAAUGUUAUUCAACAUUUGCUUAAAUAGAUUGGUUAAGGAACAACGGUUUCAGAUAUGCGGUUACGGACGUUUGCGGAUAUGGAUGGUUGUGGUUUAAAGUGUUAUUAAACGAUUUGUCCGAUUGGUAUCAGUUGUUAAAAAUUGUUGACCGGUUAACUAUCAAAUGCAGCAGUGGUUAAAGAUAAAUUAAGAAUAUUUAUAUUUUAUAUAAUUGUAAAAAUGUUAAAAAUCAUAUUAUUAUAACAAAUACAAAUUUCUAUUUAUAGAAUUAUAUUAUUAAAAUGUAAAAUUAUAUAAUAUUUUUUAAAAAAUUUAUAAUAUAAACCAAAAAUAUAUAUAUAUUAGUAUUUCUAUUAUUUCAAUUUAAAAUUAUAAUUGAAUAUUUUUCUUUUUAUAUUUAUAUAGUUUAAAAAAAUUAUCUUCCAGCAACCGUCCGUAACUGCAAACGCAAACGCUAUUUAGAACCAACUUUUGAAAUUUGGAGGUUUAAAACAAUUUGAAGUGAUUUAUAGCGUUUUGUAUAAUUGUUGCAACACGCUAACAACUGUUACCAACCGUAAAAAUAGUGUUUGCUGGUAAUGAAAAAACCGGUCGUGCCCUAAAAAACUCUCAUUUAAUUUUUUUUGUUCCUUUUUUUAUAAAAAAAAAAGAUUUCUCUAAGCAACUAAUGUACAAAAAUAUUUGUCACUUUAUUUACUGCUAGCUGAUUUUAAAUUGAAAACUAAUAACAAAAAAAUAUUGAAUCAGAAACAAAUAUACUGUCGGUAGGUAUAUGCUGUUUUACAAUCACAGUUGUUAUGCUGUUGGAGGUUAUUGUUUAUUUUGUAUUAAAAAUAUUAGUAUUAAAAUAUGAUGUUAAGUAAAAAACAUAAAAACAAAAAGUUACUUUUUAUAAAAAAUAUUAAAUAUAAAAUUAAAGUAAUUUAAUUAACUAUAAAAUAAAUUUUUAAAAUAUAACUAGUCACAUGGUUUUUAAUAAAGUUGUUAAAAUAGAAUUAAAAAUAUGAAAACUUUUGUAGAUACAGUAUAUAUUAAUGAUUUAUAUUUGAAGCAGUAAAAUAUUUUUUAAAACAUUACUUUUUUUUUGAAAAAGUGGAAAGAGUAUAAUCAUUAACGAUUUAAAACUAAUCACCCUUAAUUAAUGGGCUUCACAUGUCUUUACCAAAUUCCUAAGCUUUUUCUGGAGCUAAGGAAAUUAACAUACAUGCAGAAACCAAGGUCUUCUUCCUUUUCUCGAGAAAAUUGGUUGCAGGUGUAUUUAUAAACAGUUUUUUUUUUUUUUUUUUUUUUUUUUUUUUUUUUUUUUUUGGUAAAAUGUUAAAUUAUUAUACCAAAUUUUCAAGUUUUUGACAGCAGUUACAGAGAAACUAGUAGCAGAAAACAGAAACAAAACUAAACAACAGCUGGAAAGUAACAAUGAAAAGAACCCAAGCAGAGAAGCUAGUCUAGCAACCAGCUAAACAGCAGAGAAUGCUGAGACCAAACAAACUGGAAAAGUCGAAGAGAAGGUUCAGUUGCCACGAGCUACCGAGAGAUAGGCGCCCUCAAACCUAGAAGCUACGGCUCCUGCAGCUUCCGAACAGCCAACCUGACACAAACCAAUCUGAAGAAUCCAAACACGGACCAACCAAGAAACCCGACAGACGCAACCUCCGACGGCACGAGAGCAAAUUACCACGCGACAAUGCUGUCGUUCAGCAGACAGAUCUGAAAAUUGCCGUCUCCAAAACCGACCCACUGUGACCGUUUACACCCAUUGAACCGAAAUCUCAUAUAGAGAGAGCGGACCGCGUAGCUACCAACCCUCCGGAGACAGAUCUGCAAGAGAAAAGGCGGACCGAGAACCCAACUGUCGCACGGAACCAAGAACACAACCAACACCACCAUAGGAAGGCAAUACCAAAGCCACUAACUUUAUAAAGAGUUAAAAACCGGAGCUUUCUUGUUUGGUUCCUCUGACUUUUCCAGAUCUCUCUCUCUUCUGAGACGUGUCUGAAACUUUUUCAAGAAAUAAUAGUAUUCGUCUUGUUUACCCAAAAAAAAAUAGUAUUCGUCUUCCUUUAUUAUAUAUAAAUAUGCAUCUUCUUUUAAGAGUGAUACUCGGUUUAAACUUUAAAGAUUUAAAUCAGAUAAAUCUCAAAAGUCCAUUAACUAACAUCAAUGGAUAGCGUGACAUUUUCAACUUCUUUUUAGCUCUGUUUUAUUUUUUUGUCUUAAAAUCAAGUUUCUGUGGAGUGAUGAAAAUGGUGGAUAAAACUGAUGAAGAAAAGCAUUUUUCUUGGUGCUAUUUUCUUUUACAUCUGCCAUUGCUGUUUGUUUUUGUAACAGUGAUUCCAUUUGUAGCUUUCCUCUGUUUCUUAAGCUUUUAUGGAUUCUCCUCUCUCCUAGUGACCAUGGCAAUCUUGUUCAUAUCUACUUUUGUUUUCCUUCUGAGAUUUUUCAAAAGAAAAACAAGAGACUAUUUGGUUGAUCGAUCUCAAAAUGAAGUCGAUGAUACUGCUGAUGCUGUUGCUAAUGAUAAUUAUGAUAUUGAGGAGGAGGAUGAAGAUGGUCUCAUUGAGAUUCUUCUUGUGAGUGAAGAAGCAGAGACUAUAGAGGCAACGAGGAACACUAAUCAGAGUCGACAGAGAAUUAGGGUUGAUGAAGAUGAACAAGAAGAGAUAGAUGAUGUGAUUAUGGAAGAAGAUAACCUUAUUGAGAUUGAUCUUUCCAUUGGAUCUAUUAAAAGACGAAGUAAAUGAAAGUUUCAAUAUUGUUUUUGUUUUUUUCCUCAAAUGUACAAAGGUAAUCCAGCAUUCUAAUAUUUUGGAGUUUUUUUUGUUUAUUGGUGGUUGAGAUUUAGGGUUUAAUUUAUGAUUUAUAUCAAACUUUUAAAGCAUCAAUUUAUCUUGACUAACCGU